AUGGACACUUCUGCUUUCAGCCUCCCCACGCCGGCAGUGUCAGAGGAGGGGAAUGCCUCUGGUAGCUGGGCAGGCUUCACCACCCCCAACAGCUCCACCACUGCCAGCCCCAGUGUGGUUUUCAGCGGAGUCCUCAUCCCCCUGGUCUACCUCAUUGUCUGCGUGGUGGGGCUGGUUGGGAAUUCCCUGGUCAUUUAUGUGGUCUUGCGGCACUCGGUGAGUGAAUCGGUGACCAACGUCUACAUCCUGAACCUGGCCCUAGCCGAUGAGCUCUUCAUGCUGGGCCUGCCGUUCCUGGCUGCACAAAAUGCCCUGUCCUACUGGCCGUUUGGGUCCUUCAUGUGCCGCCUGGUGAUGGCCGUGGAUGCUAUCAACCAGUUCACCAGCAUCUUCUGCCUGACGGUGAUGAGCGUUGACCGCUACCUGGCCGUGGUCCACCCCGGGAAGUCCUCCAAAUGGCGGACGGCACGGGUAGCCAAGGCCGUGAGUGCGACCGUGUGGAUGUUGUCAUCCAUAGUGGUGCUACCCGUGGUGGUCUUCUCAGACGUCCCCUUAGGGAUGAGCACGUGCCACAUCCAGUGGCCAGAACCUGCCUCGGUGUGGAGAGCUGGCUUCAUCGUCUAUACUGCCACCCUGGGCUUCUUCGGGCCGCUGCUGGUGAUUUGUCUCUGCUAUCUCCUUAUCGUCGUGAAGGUCCGCUCCUCCGGCAGGCGGGUGAGGGCUCUGUCCUCCAAGCACAAGCUUUCAGAGCGCAGAGUGACUCGCAUGGUGGUGGCUGUCGUGGCCGUCUUCGUCCUCUGCUGGCUUCCAUUCUACGUCCUCAACAUAAUCAAUGUCGUUUGCCCACUGCCUGAGGAGCCAUCCCUCUUCGGUGUCUACUUCCUCGUGGUGGUGCUGCCGUAUGCCAACAGCUGUGCCAAUCCUAUCAUCUACGGCUUCCUCUCCUACCGCUUCAAGCAGGGCUUCCGAAGGGCCAUCUUCAGGCCAUCCCGCCGAGUCCAGAGCCAGGAAGUGCCAGCAUGUCCGCCAGAGAAGACUGAUGAUGAAGGGGAAGAGGGAGAGAUCAGCAAGAUUGCCCAGAACGGCAAUGACAGGCAGGAACGACCACUAUGCCAUGGGGCAGGAGAGAGCAAUGUGCAAAAACCACUCCCUGAGCAGCCUGUGGGCUCUGAGAAGAGCAACAAGCUGCAUGUCAGUUAUUUAUGA